AUGAAAGUAGCUAGACUUAACGAGACGUUUCCACAAGCCGAACUGCGAAGGCUUAAACAAGCAGAGCGUGAGGCAGCUCAAAGAGCUGCUGAGACACCAGAGCAGUCCCAAGAUAGACGUCGACAGCAUGCUGAGUAUCUAGCAUCUCAACGGGCUGCAGAGACACCCGAACAGUCUCAAGCUCGACGUCAACAGAACGCUGAAUAUCUGGCAUCUCAACGGGCUUCUGAGACACCCGAACAGUCUCAAGCUCGGCGUCUUCAGCAAGCGACUUACAUAGGGUCCCAAAGAGCUACUGAAACUGUUGAAGCUGCUGAAGCUCGCAGAUGCGCUGUUGCUGAAAGGGCACAACAGCGACGAUUAAUAUUUACAAGAAACGCGUGGGGUAUUUGA